AUGUUUGAGAAUGUGUCCAGCAGAACCGAACUAGCAUCUCCGAACUCUUUGGGGUUAGCAAGAAGCCCAUUUGUAACCUUUUGCAUGCUGCAGCAUAUAGGUAUGACGGGUUCUGCAAAACUCGCAAUGUAUUUAGUGAUUUCUGGACACGCAAUCCAUAUGCUGUCACCAAAGGUGUUCAAAAGUCGUCUAAAAGGUCAGGUUGCCUGUUAUGUUUGCAUAUCUUCCGCAAGUCAUUCUGAUUCACAGCAAUUCUGCGAUGGUAAUGCCAUUACUGAUCUAUAUCAAACAGUUGAAAAGAUAACAAUCUAUGAAUUUCGGCUAUAA